AUGACUCAUUUGAUUGUUAAACGGUGUGCCGAUGAGAUUGAGGAAAGGGGGUUGCAUGAAGUUGAUAUUUUUAAACCAAUACGAAUCGGAGAGAAUGCUGCUGAAGUAAAAGACCUUAUAAAUUGUAUGCUGCAAGAUAAUAGAAUGCAAUUUGAGGAUGAAAUAAAAAAUCAAAAUAUUCAUAAUGUUGUGGCAGCAAUGAAAUGGGCAUUAAGGCAUUGUGAAGUGACAUUGGUUCCUUACAUGUUUUACGAAGAAUUUGUGAGAUUCGAACAGGAAUGGGAUUUUGAUCCAGAAAAAGGAUCGUUUAGUCAAUUUCUUUUAUAUCUCCCAAAACAAAACCAAGAAAUUCUUUUAUGUUUAUUUGACAUUUGCGCAAAAGUUACAGAGGAGUCACACAUUAAUCAAAUGUCAGCACAGAAAAUUGUUAAGUCAUUGGCAUUAUGCGUUUUGGGUGACCAAGAGCGAAAGUUUGAUACUUUUGAUGACGCUUAUUCAGAGUAUUCGAAAUGUUCGAAUGCGUGUCUGCAUUUAUUUCUAGCUUAUCUGCGGGAGAAAGCAGUCGCGACGAGAUUGCCACCACGAUUAACAGUUUUCCUGGAUAAUAUUAAUUAUUUGGAUGUACGAAAGAAAUCUGUCGCGUCAAUGUAUAUACAUCCACAAACACUUAAUAGACAAACUUAUACGUCCUCAAUUCUGGGUGAUGAUUCACAGGCAAACAAUUCUCAAUAUGCGGAGUCGUAUCUUUCACAAUCUGACAUUGAAGAAGGAUUACUGCCGCCAUCCAAUAGUAAUUAUGCAGAAUCGACAACAUCAACAAUAACUAAAGAUACAUAUCAAAAAUCACCUGCAUCUGAUAAUUAUGAGCGUCCAACAAGUAUAUUACGAGUGACACGAACUAUGCCUGUACAACAGCAACCGGGUCAGAAUCAAAAUUUUAACUCAAGAAAGAGUAAAGCAGUUAGUAUUCUAUUACCUGAAAUGGUUGAUAAUCUUAAUCGUCAAACAAUCGUUCGUGCUAGUACAUUGAUGACAGCUGAUGAACAAAAAACUGCACAAACCUUAUGGAAAGAAUUUCAAACAGAAGGCGUUAGUGGGUUUUCUGAUGAUUUUCUUAAAUUAUUUUUUUCACUGGAUGACCGUGAAGAACUUUACGCAAGUCCACCAUUAUCUCCAUCAACUGUUGCAUCAUCUCCAUUAUCUGAUGCAGCGGAAAAACCAACGAACACUGGAAUAUGGUCAAUUAAUAAGAAUAAUAAUUCUAAUAAUUAUAACAAUUAUAAUGAUUAUAAGAAUAAUAAUAAUAAUAAUCUUUAUAAUAAGAAUACAAAAGAUAAUAAAAGUCGAAAUAACAUAGAAAAUGAAAAUAAUUCACUACUGCAGAGAAGUCCGAGUGAAUUAGAUAAAUAUAAACCAGUAAGAGGACCGCGGCCAAUAACAGCUGUUUGGAACAGUUUCAGGGAAUUCGGUUUUGAUGGAUUAAUCGGAGGAAUAGGAAAUAAAAAAGAUCCGAAGGUAGAGCAGCUUUUAGGUUAUAAUGAUUCAAAUAGAAUUGAACAUAUUGAAGAAAUACAAGACAAUGAUUCAAAUAGUAGUGAACAGCGCCCACAUAAAAAGGAAUGGAACAAUUUUAAAGAUAAAGGAUUUGGGGAUUUAGCUUCGGACAAUAUAUCAGAUGCAUUAUCACUUAGUAAUGCAUCGAUAACCUCACCAGCGCCGUCGAUUUUCAAUAAGGAUCUAUCACCUUCAGUGGCUCCGUCAAUAGCACCAUCAGUAUUCAGUAAUGAUGCUAGUGCUUCGGUCUUUACGUCUAAAUCACGUAAAACAGCGCGAAGUGGUAAAUCAUUUGGUUCCCGACAACGUCAAAUGUCAGACGAGGAAAGAUCAGUGAGCACAGCAACCAGAACCGUUGAAGAAAUGCAAAACUGGCAUAUGAUUGAUCGGAAAAUAGAUUUCCCUUCGACAACACAUUUAGCAAUUGAAGCAAUCGACGAGAUCUUUCCAUAUGUCUGGAUGGAAAAUACAGCCGCAGAAGACAAAGACGGAUACUGGGGCGAUUGGGUAUUUAUUGAACCAAGAAAAGGUUUGCUAAAUGAAUGUGAAUGGAUAAUGAUCGAAAAUCAACAUCAUGUGUUUGGGAAUGAUUGGGGGAAUCCAGAUAAUUAUAGGCAAUUUUCAAAACGACGGAGUAAACUCGGUUUUUCUUGGAUACGACGAAGCUUUGUUAGCAGACGAAGUAGCCAAUCCAUUUAUCAAGCAAAAGUUAAAAGAUUCAAUACGGUGCCAAAUCAAUCUAAUAAUAAUAGCUUUAAUGGCAGAUUUUCGAAAGGAUCAACAAAAUCAAGUAAAUCAAAGAAAUCAAAGAAAAAAGGAAAAAGCGUUGAAGGAUUGCCACCGAAUAAUUAUGCUAAUAAUGGAAAAUUACAUCCAAAUGCUGGCAGUUAUAGUCGUAAUGAUGUAAAAUUAAUGCCUAAUGAAAAUAAUGGUCGAAAUCUCGACCGGUUCACUUCGGAUAGGAGAAGAUAUCCAAUUGAUAUUAAUGAUGCUGAGCCACAAAAACUUGAAGACUCUGAAAAUAAUGUUUCGUCUUCUAAUCAAUAUGAGACUGGGCUGAACCUUGAUAAAAUCAUAAAAGACAUUAGACAACCAUUGCAACAUACUGACAAUGAAAAAUAUGUUUCAACUGAAACGUCUCAAGAAAAUUCGAAUAUUGCCAAUGAGACAAGUCAAGAGAUUUCACAGGAACAAGAUCAACAAUUUGUUGAGACACCUAAAAAGGAAUCUGCACCAAUAUAUAAAUUAAGUCAAAAUGCGACUCCAAGAUUAUUAAAUGGUAACCAAAAUGACAAGACAAAAUUGAAACAACAAGGAUCACAGCGAUAUAAGUAUAUCGAUAUACCGAAGACAUCAUCAGUGGCAUCAAGUGAAACGAAAAAUAAAUCGCAGCCUUAUCCGACUGCUAAUAAUAAUAUGCCUUCUGAACAAAUUGUCUCGACACAGCAGUCUCGGCCACAGAUUUCUCGAUCAAAUACUGAAACAAAAUUCUCAAGAUCAAAUGAGAAAAUUCAAGCUUCAAAUUCUCAGGAAAACAUCUCACAACCAUCAUCCGACUCAAACAAAGAAUUACCUAUGAAUUCCCAACAAAUUUCGGCACAACAAAAAUUACCUUAUAAUCAAAAUGAAAUGAUGCCACCUUCAAUCGAACAAGUUCAACCUCAAAGACAAGCCUCCAGAUCUAAUGAGCAAAUUCAACCCGAGAGACAAGCUUCAAGAAGACAACCAUAUCCACAAACGUCAAAUCCUCAAGACUUGACUCGAUCUCAAAAAUCAUUAAAUUUAAAUAAAGAAUUGCCAUUAUCACCUCAAGGAGCUAAUGAGCAAAUUCAAUCACAACCACAGCCUUAUAAUCCUCGGUCUUCAGCUUCAAGAUCUAAUGAACGAAUUCAGCCUGAAGUGCAAGCCUCACGAUCCAACGAGCAAAUUCUACUUCAAAGAGACGCUCAACAUGAAUUACAAGAUUCAAGAUUGAAUGAGCGAGUUCAAUCUCAGAGACAAGCUUCUCGGUCAAAUGAACGAAUUCAACCGCAAGGACAAGCUUCUAGCUCUCAAGAAAGAAUAAAACAGUUACCUUCAUCAUCUUCUGAUUCAAACUCUCAAUCACAAAGUCAUUCUGAAAGACAAGAAAGAAUUCAACAACUACCACAGCAACAAAUCCAACCACAAUCUUCCGUUCAAAUGUCGAAUGAUGAGACAAGACAGCCGCUGUUUCCUCUUGAUUCAGCCUUACAACAACAGCAGCCUGUAAUUCAAAACGAAAAAUUACGCCCCUAUGGAAAUGAUGAGAAAUCAGAGUCUUAUUCAACUGACGCAAAAUUACAAGCAUAUGCAAAUGACGUCAAAUUGCAACCAUUCCCAAAUAACGCAAAAGUACAGUCAUACCCAAAGAAUGCACCUGUCGCUGAAAGUACUUAUGCAGCGGAUGACAUCUUAAGUUCGUAUGCAAGAUCUGAAAUAUCCGGAACUCCUUCAGAUGCCGGAAGCAUUUACUCAAAUGAUCAACGUGACAACAAUAUUAACACACCUAAAAAAUUUCAAGGAUAUCAAACCACAUCACAACGAUUAGCAGCACAAGCUUCAGAAAAAGCCGCCAAACACAUGUCUGUGUCAAGUACUGGCUCAACAGCACCCGUGAAACCUGCACGUAGUGUUUUGCGUACAAAAGUCUUUGGUUCUUGA